GAUGAGGCGGAGGUUUAGGUGAACUGUAGGUGAGGUCAAGUUGGGAUGUGGGGGAGGAUCAGGUUAAGUAGAGGGAGGUUCAGGUGAGUGGGGGGAGGUGUUGGAUAAUAAAUAAUGAAAGUGAUUUACUUUCAGCCGAGGAUCUUCAAAUAUUAAUACGAUCACGUUUACUGUCUAAAGCAAUCACACUGAUAAUUUACCCUCGCCAGAAUUCAUUGGAAUAAAGCUCCUUAAACUUGUACUUUAUUUAAAUAGAUGCAAAUACUGGACGGGUGGAAAUGGUCAAUCCUUCAUUCAGAGCAUUUUAAAAGUAGUUUGAUCGUCAUCUUGUAGUCAGUCCUGAUGAAUCAUAAAGUGUUUUCAUGACGAUGUUAUCUCAGCUUCCUUUCAGCCUAAUUAUCGUCUUCAAUAAAUGUUGGAAGGUUUCCUCAGAGCUCCCUCUUUGCUUCUUCUCUCCUCACCUCCAGCUCAUCACUUCGCCAUUCUCUGGGCGUCGGUGGGGAACACCAUCCCCGCCUGCUUCUGGUCCAUGUACUACCUGGUGAGUCACCCCGAGGCCCUGGAGGUCGUCCGUCAGGAGAUCCAUGACGUCCUGAAGCUCAGCGAGGUGGAGUUCAGCAGCGACAGAGACGUGACGCUGAGCAGAGAGCAGCUGGACAAGCUUCUGUUUCUGGAGAGCGCCAUCAACGAGAGUCUCCGCCUGUCCUCGGCCUCCAUGAACAUCCGAGUGGUUCAGGAGGACUUCAGUCUGCGGCUGAACGCAGAGCGCUCGGUGGCCGUCAGGAAAGGUGACAUCAUCGCCCUCUACCCUCAGAGUAUGCAUAUGGACCCGGAGAUCUACGAGGAGCCACAGACGUUCCGACUCAACCGUUACAUCCAGGACGGCAGAGAGAAGACGGACUUCUUCAAGGAUGGUCAGAAGCUCAAGUAUUACCUGAUGCCGUUCGGCUCCGGCUCCUCCAUGUGUCCCGGGCGAUACUUCGCCAUCAACGAGAUCAAGCAGUUCCUGUGUAUGAUGCUGCUCUACUUCGACCUGCAGCUGGAGGCGGGGCAGAGCCGAGCCACGCUGGACUCUAGCAGGGCCGGGCUGGGCAUCCUGCUGCCCGCUCAGGAUGUCAGCUUCCGCUACAGACUGAGAGCAGUCUGAGCAGGACGACUGUACACUUCAUGUGUAAGUUACAAAGUGCUUUACACUUUAAAAUACUAAAUCAAUAUAUACAAUUAGACGAAGACUCAAAAAUCAAGCUGGAAUCAUACGCAGAGCUUAAAGGAGCAGUAUGUAACUCUGCCCCCUAGUGUUUAAAGUGAGUACUGCAGUCUGAAUUCUAAACAUCAUAGAG